UUAUUUGUUCCCGUCUUACAUUGUACACUGCAAAUGGGUAAUUCACCCCUCCGUCAUCAAUACUUACAUGAUCACAAACUUUAAUGUCAUUUCAGCAUUUACUACUAACUAUCAGUUGUGUGGUAAACAGGAGGAAGUAUGAAGUUUUUAUACAAUGUACUGAAACUGUGAGAAUGGGAGAGCAUGUCUGAGCUAUUGUGGGACCAAUACCAUAGAAACUCAAACAAGACUGUAAAGUAGUAGGUUGGUUAAUAUUUACUCACAGUGACAGGAAUAAGAGUUUUAUUGUAUGCAAUAAUUGGUAUGGGACUUUGCCUGGUGUCAAAUCAAUAAUCAUAAACAGGGUCGGGUGGGUUACUUUCUAAAUGUAAUCCAUUACUAGUUAAGUGUCAUUGUAAUCUGUAGCGUAACUUUGAAUUACCCAAACUAACAGAUUCAGUUACUUUUGCAUUACUUUCCCUUUAAAGAGGCGUUAGAAAAAGACAAAGGAUCCAUCCAACACAUUUGGUGUGUCAGUGGUCUCUGACUUGUGGUCAUACUCGCUCAGGCAGACAAACUUAAACUUGCACAAUUUUUCAACGCUGAAUUGAAUGAAAUUGAGAAAACAAAGUGUCAAUGUAUUUUUUCACAAACAUCGAUUCUGAAUUUAAAAGUAAUUCGAGAAGUAAUCUAGUUUUUCAAAAGAAUUUGUAAUCUGAUCGCAAUAUUUUAGCUGGUAAUGUAAUUACACAGUCAUGAAUUGCAGUGCUUUGUGAUAUGCUUAGUGAGAGAGAGAGCAUAGCAAUAUUAUAACAAAUUACUUCCUGAAAGACUUUAGAGCUGUUUCACUACUGGACUGACAUUGGUCCAUCCAAUCUGAUUCCUCAUUCUGUUCCAUUCUGUUAUAGACACAGGCCAACAUUAACCACAUAGAGACACAGAAGGAGGUAUCUAACUCUAUUCUCGUUCUGAGAAGUAAACAUGUCUGUGCUGAAUCUCUCGUCCAUCCACUUAUUGCUUCUCUUCUCCUCUCUGUCUGGAGUAGAUGGCUAUUUUGGACACUUUGAGAUGAGGUGUCGGUUCAGCUCCGAGGAGCCCCGUGAUAUUGAGUUUCUGCUGCAGGUCUACGGCAACAAGAAGUUACUGGGACAAUACAACAGCACAACAGAGAAAUGUACGGUCUACACACAAUGGAUGAAGAACUUCACUGAAACGGCCUGCAAAGGCCCUGCUUUUCUGGCCGCGAGGAGAGACGAAAUGAAGAAAUACUGCAGCAGCAACGUUCCUGUGGUGUAUGGGUACUUACUAGAUAAGGCAGUUGAGCCCUACAUCAGGCUGAGGUCAGUGGAGCCGUUCAGUACCAGACACCUGGCCAUGCUCGUGUGCAGCGCCUACGACUUCUACCCCAAACCCAUCAGAGUGACGUGGCUGAGGGACGGACAGGAAGUGACCUCAAAUGUGACAUCCACAGAGGAGCUGGUCAAUGGGGAUUGGACCUACCAGAUCCACUCGCACCUGGAGUACACACCCACACCUGGAGAGAGAAUCGCCUGUAUGGUGGAGCACUUCAGCCUCACUGAGCCCAAACUGUAUGACUGGGACCCCUCCAUGCCUGGUCCUGAGAAGAAUAAGAUGGUGAUCGGGGCCUGUGGGCUGCUGCUGGGGGUGGUCUUUAUAGCAGCUGGACUGAUCUACUACAGGAAGAAAUCUACUGAAGGACGAGUGUUGGUGCCGACCAUGGCGCUGCCAGAAAGUUAUGGCACCAUCUAGUGGUUCACACCAGUCUUCCUUCUGAAGGUUGUGAUCUGAACCCACUUAAUUAGUCUGGGUACCAGUCUUUUUAGCUAACAUUCCACUUCUUGUUGCCUUUUCCGUGACAUAUACCAAGGAGGUCAAGUAGUGGAAUGUCAGCUAAAAAGACUGGUACCCAGACUACCACUUAAUCAUUCCAAGCACAAUGUCUUCUCAGUCUCCCAGGCCUUUUGCAUUGGAGGAGAGGAGAGGUUGCAGCCAGAAACUCCAAGGCCCUUCUAUGGGGAUCAGAAUCCCGGCAUUCAGAUCAAGAGUUUACCACCGAGUGGCCAACUUCAUCAAAUCUAUGUCCACAUCUUGUCGUCUGAGACGUUAGAUCUAGGAUAUGAUUUUGUAAGGAAUUUUCAGAUGCGACAAACAAGAUUGGUUUAUGGAAUUGUUCAUCCUUAGGUUUUGAUUCUAAUUCUUGUUUCUAUUGGCAACUGAUGUUAUUGUUAACUUGGCUUUGUCUUUUAUUAAAAUAGUUUUAUUUUGCAGUU